AGAUCAAGAGGCAGUGGCAGGUGGUCAACAAGUAUAAGAAUACGUAAGCAGAAUUUAAGACGAGUGUGCGCAGUUAGAUGUGGUGGAACAAACGGGGCAACAUAUCAGCACGAGCACCGCUUUUUACAAGAGUUAGAGUCGCAGAACUCUUUUUCUGCGUACAAAUGUUGGUAUGUAUCGGCUAAAUUUUACUGUAAUCAUUUCUGUUGUCUGUCAUUCAAUACAUUGACAUUCAUAUCAUUAUCAGACGGGCACGGGAGGUCAGAGUUACGACCGUCGCGGUCUUCAUAAUCACGACAGCAAGCAAUAUGGCAUCCUUUAUUCCACGCGCAGCCGAAAAAAUCCAAGUGUUGUGGGACGCGGAUAGAAGCCGCCACCCGGCCACUUACAGGGUUUUGCAAGUGCGCGCCGAUCCCGCCAACGCCGAGACGACGCACGUUUUGCUGGAAAAAUGCGGCAAAAACGACUACGUUGCUAAUCUCGUGAUUGACAAUAGCGGCGUCGGAUUGAGCAACGGGGCGCUGCAGAUGCGCAAGCCCCUUCGUGGAGGCGGCGGAUACGAAUCGGACAGGGUCCUCGGUGAAAUUCGCCGGGUUGCGGACGACGACAGCGCUGGAGCUGCAAGUCAAAAGGAAAGGCUGCGACGGGCGGAGGUCAGCCGGCUGCACCGGCGCAUGCGCGGCCACAAAUCUGCUGCGAAGGAGCCGCCCCUGGAAAUUCCGGGCUACAUCACUGGCAAAUCCAAGAACAUCGUGGAGGUAUGCGUGUUCGACGCCAGCCCCAGCGCUCUGCACUACCCCGGCGGCAAUGAUGUGGUUGACCUGCCAACCGUCGAUUUGCAGCAAGAACUUCGUGUAUUUAGCCUUCCGCCGAACGAACUGCUAAACCGAGACUGUGCGGAGUCGCUUAUCAAGCACAAGGUGUUGAUUUCGAAGCUGUUUGGAAACGGCCUGCAGAGCAGGGACGUACAGGAUUUUAUGGCAGGUGCAGGUCCGUCCUCGCCCCCAGUCUCUGCUGGCGGAGCAGAUCCUUUGCUCCAGCCGCCGCUUGUUCCGGUACGCCGAAGUGCAUUCCUGUGUCAGCUAGCAGAAACACGGGAUCCUCCCGAGCUCGUGAAUUUCCGGGAAUACCGAUUGUACGCCGAAUUCGAAUGCGAUUGCGGUGUGGCUGAGUCCGAGGAAGGUGGCCCCGGUCGGGAUGCGGUAUACCGCUGGGACACCGUGAAGUGCUACGGUGGGUACUGGAAUCCGAAAUUGGCGACGGACUACGAAAACGAGGAGGACCGCGAUUUGAUCAACAGUGUGCGUCGUUUGAAUCUACGUGACGCCACGUCGGUCGAAAGUGAAAACGAAGAUGAAGACCCGACCUAUGAUGACGAUGACAAUAUCAGCACAUGUGGGUGUGAUCGGGACCGCAAAAAGAAGUGCGGGUGCCUGCACACGCUGUGGUACUGCAGUACGGAACAUCAAAACUCGUCGUCCGCCUCCCGGUGGAAGCAGUGGGCAAACGUGAGCGAAACGGAAAAGCCGAAGCAGAUUUGCAGGAAAUGCGAGGAACCGGUGGAAGCAAUCAAGGCGGAGGUGUUUUGGGACCACCAUCCACACGGCCAGCACUUGCCCGAGUACUGCCCGAAAUGCAUUCGCAAGAGGGCGUACUGCAGCGAGGAGCCGACGGACGUGUGCGAAAUCUACAAACUCAUCCUGCGCGAACUUCACCCAGAUCUGACCUGGAAAGAAACUCCCUACGGGAUGAUGAGUGAGUUUCUAGUCACAACCCCUCACAGUCGUACUGGCGGCGAGGACGGUGAGACUCUCCGCGUGUUGCUGCGCAUUGAACCGCAACUGUUCUUCAUCAACGAAGCGGAGGCGACGCGCACAGCGGAGCGCAAAGGAUCCGGUGGCAAAGGUGGUAAGGGGAAAGGCAAAGGAAGAGACAGAAGGAGGUGAAGUGACAGAGAAGAUACUUUAGUUUGACGAAGCUCUUUCGUUGAGUAUGGCAACGACAUUUUUCCUUAGCGAGUUCUAUUACGAGUUCUUGAAUUAUAUGCUAGGUUGAAAGCCGUAUUUUUGUUUAAUCACGCGAAAAUCGCGCUCAUUCGACGGCUUCAAAGGCACAAGCAAAUGGAAAAUAUCGCGACGAAUUUUGAGUCGCGCUCAUUCGACGUAGAAUACAGCGAACUUACUUGCUGUCGACAUAUCUUUGUAUGAUUUGAACACGACCCAUUCUUUAGAUUUCGUCCGGUUCCAAGAAACAACUCAUUGAGCAUUCUGGCCCACGACUUGCUUGGAU